UGACGUCACACAGGAGGAAGCACAAAACAAGAUGGCGUCUGGCGGAGAAUACGUUGUUUUGGUUAUUAUGGUUUCUAGGUCUUAAUUACAACGUACAUGUGCACAUGUGUGUCGUUUAACAGAGUAAACGUCCUUAUUAAUUGUUUGUAUGCGGAUACAUUAGUCUGAGUGCACUUUGACGUGCUAGCCUAGCCUGCUGGUUAGCUUAGCUUGUUAGCUGCUAACAAAGAGAGGCGGAAGUGAUCGACACAUCAAAGCAGAGAUCCAAUACAUCUGUGAAGAACAUCUUCACCCUCAGCAACAGAAGUGGAGCUUCAGGAUGCAGACGGAGGAGCCACAGCCCUCCCACAUUAAGAAGGAAGAGAAAUACCUACUGAUGCCCCAUUUUAAAAAGGAAGAGGAGGACCCACUGACACCCCGAUUUAAAGAGGAAGAGGUGGAUCCACUGACCCCUCACAUUCAAGAGGAAGAGGAAGAGCACAGCAUCAGUCAGCAGAGAGAGUAUCUUGAAGGACUGGAGGAGGUUGAUGUCACCAAGAUGCCAGUGACUGGUGUCCCUGUGAAGAGUGAAGAUGAUGAGGUGAAAGGUGAAAGUGAGGAGAGGGGAGGGGGGGAGCCUCCAAGCAGCAGCUCAACACAACACAUGACAACAGAAGCUGAUGGAGACCACUGUGGAGGAUCACAAGCAGACAAGCUCUUAGCUCCACUAUCAGAUAGUGAGGACACAACGUCACACUCUCCUGACACUGAUGAUGAAGACUCUAAAGAUGAUAAGACAUGUCACACUGACAACACUCACUUCACAUCUUCUCUCUGUCACAAAACUUUUAAAUACCAUUGUAGUCUGAAAAGACACAUGAGAACACACACUGGAGAAAAACCUUUUCAUGUUUUAUCUGUAGUAAAGAUUUUACUAAAAGACAAAAUUUGAAAAGACACAUGAGAACACACACUGGAGAAAAACCUUUUUCAUGUUCAAUCUGCAGUAAAGAUUUUACGCAUUGGCAUAAUUUGAAAACACACAUGAGAAUACAUACUGGUGAAAAACCUUUUUCCUGCUCAGAAUGUGGUAAAAGUUUUGUAACAAAUCAAACCUUAAAAGCACACAUGAGAACACACACUGGUGAAAAACCUUUUCCGGGUUCAAUCUGCGGUAAAGAUUUUACUCUAAAGACCCUUUUAAAAACACACAUGAGAACACACUCUGGUGAAAAACCCUACUCCUGUUCAAGAUGCAACAAAAGCUUUCGUCACCGACAAUCUUUCACAGUACACAUGAGAAGACACCCAGGAGAGAAAGUGUUGAGUUGCAGUGUGUGUGGUGAAAGAUUGUCUUCUAAGUACCAGUGUAAGAAACACAAGUGUGCUGGUGAGAACAGCAGCAGCAAAUGAAACUGCAGGAUUUGAAAUAAACUGUCCAGACUUUCAUUUUGACUUUCUAACAACAUCAGCACAUAUAACAUGUGUGACAUCAUUGUUGUGUGUGUACAAUAAUGUUAUUAUGAAUCUAACAUUUAUAGAUUAGACAUUUCAGAUUAGUGCUUUUAUUUCAGUCAAGUACAUGAGUUAUUAUACACAUUUGUGACUUUAAAAUGAAAAGAUUUUUGACUGAAAAGGUGAGAAUAAACAGUAUAUAAAAUAUGUUAGUUACAGUAAACAUUUUAAGUGUAGAUAUCCAUAAUUUACUUUUAUACUUAUUCAUAAUAUUGUUUCAUAUGUUUUAUGUAAUAAUGAAGAGUUGCAUUUUUUUUUUCAAAUUGUAGAUGAUUCCAUAGAUGAACUCUUAUAUAUGAUGUACAUAUUUGUUUUACAUGUGUUCAUACCUUUGCUUUUGAGUACACAUAAAUCCCUCUUAGUUCAUAUUUACUGGUUUACAAAAACAUCUUCUGGACCACUUCUGGAAGCAUAUUAUUAUUUACUUUAUACAUCAUUUGAACAAUUGUUUUUAUACAAGAUCAUUUACUUUUAAAAUGUGUGACUUUAUGAAUUAUUUGUUGGGUCUCUAUAAUCCAUUUUAUUAAUUAUCUUUUUUACUCUCUUGCGUAAUAUGAUGAUUGUUUUGUGAUUGUUUUAUAUGUAUGUCCCCAGACUUUUAUGCAAUGAACAAUGUAUGCUUCAACUAAAGUUGGGUACAAUAAUUAUAGUUAAUAUAUUUAUAAGUAUUUAUUUUAUUCUAUUUUGUAUUGCACUCUAUUUUUUUAUGUUUUCUUUAUAUGACUUACAUGUAGUGUCCAGCUUACUUCAUCAUCUAUAUUAACUCAUAAAAAUGUGAUGACCUUUAUUCCUUUAAUUUCAAUAUUAUCCAUCAUUGUUUGUGUUUUACAUUUUUACAAUCUCCAAAUAUGAUAUAUUUAGUUUUAUUGAAGUUUAGUGACAGUUUAUUGACGUGCAGCCAUCUAUUUUAUGGUCAAGUUCUCUCUGGAUAAAAUAAGACGAGAGUUAAAUCAAGCUGUAAUGAAGGUGAAGAAUGGAAGAUUAUUAUAUACAUAAUUAUAUAUAGUUACACUCAGUAGUGACAAUUAAAGACACUUUCAU